AGAAGGCCUGCACCAGCGAAGCCUUUAGUGCUUUGCUACUUUCGGUUACGUAAUGGACGGGCACAAAAACAAUUUUGUGUCAUCUGUCGACGAGGCGGCCUCGACUCCGUCCGGCGAUCCGUCAACGCUCUCCGAGUGCAAAGACAUUGAUGCUGCGAACUGAUCCGCAGCCUGCCACAAUCCAGUCGUUCCCGUCGGGCCAGUUGUGAGAGGGCAGCGGCAGGAGCAGCUGAAAGCCGCAGAAGGCGAACAGAAACCAAACAUGACCGUCUGACGUGGAAUGGACACAAUCGCACCAAGAAAGACCUCAGCUGAGAUCAGAACCUGGAACUGGAAAGGAGAAGUGACGCGGGUUCACCUUGGAUCGAUAGUAUAUCUACUGAAAAGUCGACUAGUAGGGGAUUCCUGACUUUCGACGUGCCUUUGCAUGGUCCAUGGUUCGAUAAUUGUGAUUUGAUAGCUGUGGUAUUAAGAGGCGACUUGGCAAAGAACUGUCCAAUUACCGGCCACCUUCCCGAACAUAAUGUGAAGCGCGAUGGAGACACUUUCAUCAGCUAUGGAUCCAACCUCGGUGCAGUCCCGCUACGCUGGGGACGGGGGCCUUAUGGAGCCUGAUGUCCACGCCGAGAACCCAGCACACAUGUCUUUUUACCACAAGGUUUUCCCAGACAAAGUCAAGUUCUACACAUAUGGUCAUAAGACAAGACAAAAAGUUGUGAGCAACUAUUCAACAAUGACCAAGGGAUUGUCAACCACAGCCAAACCUAGAGCUGCGCUCAAACAAGUUUUUCUCAACCAGGGAGUGUCUGACAGGAACCCAACAGCCGAGGAGAAGAUUCAGCUGGACGUGUUGAAGCAGGAGCUGGAGACCUUCGCUGUGCCCGUCACCCUCAAGUGGCGAUGGCGAGAGGAGAGCCGUGGAUGCAUCCUGGAGAGGAACUGGACUGACAUAGUCAAAUAUCACUCUCUCAUGUCUCGGGUGCAGAGGCACCAGCAGGAAGCCAUGUGGGAGUUUGUGCUCACCGAACUCAACUACAUCAACAGACUUAUCAUCAUCAAAGAUCUUGUUAUAGCAGCCCUGGUCAACCUGCACCUUCGUGGCUUCCUCCAGGAGGUGACCCCCGAGCGUCUAUUCUCCAACCUUCCCGCCAUCCUGAGCGCACACCAGCUGUUCUGGCAGGAAGUGAUUUACCCCAUGUUACAGGAAGUGCGCUCGACGGGCAAGCCUUUUAACCCCUUGCGCCUGGAGAGGGGCUGCCUCCAGUUCCGUGAACGCUUCUUACCGUACUGCCAUUACUGUGCAGAAGGGGAAAAGAGCUUCGAGUUUGCACGCCAACAAAUGGAGAGCAACCCACAUUUCUUCACAUAUGUGCAGUGGGUGGAGACCCACCCGCAGUGCGCACGGAUGCGCAUUGGGGACAUGCAGGCCAAACCCCACCAGAGGAUCACCAAGUAUUCACUCCUUCUCAAGGCGGUGCUCAAGACCACCCAGGACCCAAGUGUGCAGCGCAGCCUGAGAAACAUGAUGUCCAGUGUCCACAAUUUUCUGGAGAGCAUCAAUGACUACCUGAGAUUGAAGGAUGAGGAGGUGGCACUCUCCAUUUCUGCUCAAAGGCUGGAGGGAUACGUGAUGGAGGGAAUAAAUGAGGAAAUUGACAAGCACGUCCGAGAGAUCUGCCAGUUCGACUUGACGUGCCCCAUCAGAGGGGCCGGUCGUGGCGUCGUACGGAAGCUGAUCCUAGAGGAGAACCUAAAGAUCCGUGGCAGAAAAGACACCAAACUGGACGUGGUGGCGCUUCUAUUCUCCGAUGUGCUUCUCAUGACCAAAGUGCAGAAGAAAGUGGAGCGACUGAAAGUGGUUCGGCCUCCCCUGCCUCUCGACAGAACGUACUGCGUUGCGCUGAAGGACAGCUGUUCCUUUCUUCUGGUGGAGGUGGGGGAGCUUUGGUGUCCUGUCAACGUCUACAUAUUUACAGCCAGCACCUCUGAAAGGUGCUCCGCUUGGGUUUCAGCCAUUCACCAGGCAAAGGUAACACUGAGGAACUUGAGGGAUGCUGAGAGUCGACAGUCUGAGGGAAAAGAAAGAUCUUCAGUUGUUGCCAGGCCACAUGACCCAGAGAUAAAACAACCAGCUCUUAUCUCUGAAAAAGGAGCUUUUGUUGAGAAGACCACCCAUAAACGUAUAGUUACCCAGUUUGUAAAUGGUGUUCAUGCAUUUAAAGGAAAUCCCCAAAAUUAUCGUGAGGACAAUGGCUGGUGGGAAGGUGGAGAAGAAAGUGGGAAUCACUUUUCAACUAAUUCUUGGAACCACGUGGAUAUACCCGCUACUAAUAUGAACAACGACUACAUGUCUGCAUAUGUCAGGGAUCCAUUGCGGCGGGUCACCACCAGAUUGAAUACUGUGGUUCCAGGUGGCUAUCCGGAUGUUGACUACCCGACAGAUGAACUGAACACCUCACACUCACAGAUUCCUGGUCAAACGCAACCAUACAAAAAGGAGGCCGAAUUAGCACGAGAGGCCAGGAUACUGACUUCACAACCUAUUAAUCGCUCCACAGGAAAAAAACUGAAUCCAACGGAGUUGGAAGGCUCACCGUCAAAUCCCGAGACCAAAGGCUUCAUAAGCGCUUUCAAGUCUCCCGUGUUACAAAGGAGGAGGAUGGACACUAGCAACCAAGGGUCCUCAGCUCAGACGGUGCACAGUUCACAGUUGUCGGCAUCCAACAACUCUUCCUCUGACUCUGACUGCAGCGUAAAUGUGAAGAGUUCCAAAUCUCACAUUGUGCUGAAGCUGAGUGCUCUGAAGCCCAUCCAAGGGACGUCUUGGAAUAACAGCUCCAAGGCGUCCCCCGACGCUGAAAUCUUUUCUGAACCUGAACUGAUGGGGUUUAACUCUCAUAAUAAAAAGCAUAGACUGACCCGGAGGACUAUUUCCAUUUCUAGCGCCGCCACUCAAGAGGACCAACGUUUUUUCUAUCCAGACCGCUAUUCUGACAUGUCUCCUUCUCCCGCAUCCCUGGAGAAUCUUCUGCAGCGAUCCAAAGGAAGAGCGAGAGACUGGGAAACUCCAAAGAGCAACAAAAAUGAGCAACUGUCCAAUUUAAACCCAAAGUACUGCCCCCCUCCGUCUCCACUGACGUCCAGCUCGCCGUCACAGUCCCAGAGUGACGGAGACCGAGACGCAGAGUGGGAGGACGAGGUGCAGUUGCACAAGCACCGAGCCCUCAGGGUGAGUAGAGGAUGGCGGGAGCAGCCGGUCGAUGAAGAUGGCGACAACAAACUAGACAGUCCUCUCUUCACGAACGGCGAGAAUGUGGAUUGGCCCGGCUGGUGCUUCGACGACGACGAGGUGAUGGACUACUUGCAUCCGGGAGCUGGAGGACUCCUAGAGGACAUCAAUCAGUCUUUGACGCACUGCGCUAUUUCCGAGGAGGAAGACGACCUGUGCAGUCGAGUGUGAGCUUGACAUCUUUUGCUGAAAUAUUCAUUUGAGCCACUGUGUGACCCCAGGCCACGAUACAGGAUGAUAUCAAACACCUUUUUUAAUAUGACAAACUUUCUUUUUUUCUUCAUUCCUUUAGUUUUCACACCAGAAUUACAAAAAAAUAUAUGCAGUGGGUCUAAAUUCACACAACUUAUUUAUGGUAAUACACCUUCUGC